CCUCAAUCGUUUCUCCUAGUAAUCAAUUCUAGGAGGCCUGCUGUUUUAAAACUGCCAAACUUUGUGCGACCAUUUUUAUAUAUCCCCUGCAUCUCAAGCCUAUGACAGCCUCUUCAAGCUGACCAUCAGCUCCCGUUUACCCCGCUCGAUAUCAUACGACUAAGCCGCACUGAAGAUCAGAUCUCUUGAUAAAUAAGAUUUCGGGCUUUGGCGCUCGGAACAUACUAAUAUGCGGCUCAUAAACGUUGAGGACCUAAAGCUGGAAACCUUCAUCGGCGGCCAAAUCCCACCAUACGCUAUCUUGUCGCAUCGAUGGGGAAAUGAUGAUGAGGAGGUCACCUUCAAGGAUAUGACGAGAGGCACUACAGAGAAGGUCGGAAUGACAAAAGUGAAAGGCUGCUGUCGCCAGGCCAAGAAAGACAACCUCAAAUAUGCUUGGAUCGACACUUGCUGCAUCGACAAGGAGAGUUCUAAAGAGCUAGAUGAGGCUAUCAACUCCAUGUUUCAGUGGUAUCGGAGAGCCGAUGUAUGUUAUACCUACAUGGCUGAUGUUCCACAUGAACAAGAUAUCUGGGAAUCGACUUCCAGCUUCUCCACAAGCUCAUGGUUCACAAGAGGAUGGACAUUACAAGAGCUCCUUGCUCCUGGGGAAAUUCACUUCUUCGAUGAGACUUGGAACCCUAUUGGAACCAAGGAAGACUUGGCGAGCGAGAUUGAAAAUAUCACGGGGAUAGCUCGCAAAUUCCUGCUGGGCUGGGUAGAUUUCCACCAAGCAAGCGUCGCACAGCGGAUGUCAUGGGCAUCGAAAAGAAAGACUAAAAGAGAAGAGGACAUAGCUUACUGUCUCCUCGGUAUCUUCAACGUUACCAUGCCUAUGAUCUACGGCGAGGGCCACAAAGCCUUCGAAAGGCUUCAACUCAAGAUCAUGGAGCAGACGACCGACGACUCAAUAUUCGCAUGGGGAGUCAAGGUUCAAGGCAUGGAGUCAGAAUCUCAGACUAGCCCAAGAGAGGAUAACAUGUCUGCCGGAAUUUUCGCAUCGUCCCCAGCGGACUUCGCUAAAUGUGGCCGUAUCGUUCCAAAAGCGCCUGACCCGGCAUGCAUCAACACAUUCGCUGUUUCCGGAGGAUACAUCCACACUUCGCUCAAGUUACGGAGUUCUCUGAACGGAGUAACGUAUGGCCUACUCAAUUGUGGUCUCGAAAACACUACAGAUGGCAUCAUCGCCAUUCCGCUCCAUUGCACAACGCCGUCAGUUGUGAAUAUUAGGGAGUAUAUCCGACCACUGGGCUAUGGCCCUAUCCUUCUUUCUGGGUGGCGAACUGACUAUCGUGAUGGUCAAGAGGUCCGCAUCCGCGUGAAUCGGCAGACGCGACCGACGAAAAUUACAGGAAGACGCUUUUGGCUCCACAUAGAUGGCCAUCAAAAGCUCAAACUACAUCUCCAGGAGAUUUGGCCACCAUUCAGUUGGGACAGGGGGCGUGCUUUUGUCACGGAAAUCGAUGAUAUAAAUCGGAACUUCAGACGGAAACAUCUCGCUCGCUUUACUACCAGAGCAGAGCGGGGAAGUGAUAUCAUCGUUGUCCUGGACUUCAGCAUUGAUACAGUAAAGGAAUGUGCGGACUGCUUUGUAAUAGCAGCACCUGAAUCAUUGGAUUUAAGUAUGAUCAAUGCAAGCCUGGAAUAUAUGCAACCCGAGCACCUGCAAGACAAAGUCAUAGACAUUGGAAAUGUCAUUGUAAAGGUCUCGGUGGAAAUAGAAGACAUUCCUCAGGGCUCAAUAUUUCUGAUGAGAAUGGCCCGGACCGAUGAGAAACCACGAACUAUUGUAGAUCCCUGCCACCAUAUUUCCAAGGCUGCCGAGAUGUACAUGUUCAUUUCAUCCCUUUGCCAAGCAGAACUUGCAGAGGACACUAUGAAGGAGGUGAUUGAUGGUCAAGCCACACCUUCAAAGCUAUGGCUAUCGUUGAAAGAUGAGCUGGAUGCGGUAGCAGAAAAGCAGAGACUUCUCGCCGAGGAAAGGGCUAGGAUUGAAUGCGAGAUGAGAACAGCGAAGGAUAGGGUACAACAAUUCGAGAGUACAAUUGAAGAAGCAAGGAAAAGGCUUAAAGAACUCGAGGAUCAAACAGCAGGGCAUGCGAAGAACCUGGAGGAAAUGGAUGGAGCCGACGGUUCAGCGAAUUGGGUCGAAACUUUGAUACAGAACCAGUUGAAUAAGCAAAAGGCACCUCGAAACACAGAAAUCCCGGUUUCUGCGGGCCCAAGCCUUCUCACGACACGCCUGAUUAACAACCAGCAAAGCAUGGGCGGUUACAUCCCCCUGCUCUGGGCCGCUGCCAAUGGAAAGAAGAGGAUCUUACGAGCCCUUAUUGACAGGGGUGCAGACCUAGAAGUCAGAAAUACCGAUAACUCAUACACAGCUCUUAUAUAUGCGGCAGCAUAUGGAAGAGUCUCUGCAGCAAGCCUGCUUCUCAAAAAGGGCGCGAUGAUAGAAGCUCGGGGUAAGGAUGGAGAUAGCGCCUUGAUGGUGGCGGCCCACGAGGCACAUGCAUCGGUAGCUUCACUCCUGAUUGACAGAGGAGCUGAUAUGGAAGCACGAAAUACCUUUGGGAACACACCGCUUUCCAUUGCUGCGAGACGAGGACGGGAUGCCGUGGUCAAAGCACUGCUGGAGAAAGGGGCUGAUAUAGAGGCGAAGAACCAAUGGGGAGACACGCCCUUAUCACGAGCAUGUAUCUAUGGCCGUGUGGGCGUCGCCAGGAUGUUGAUUGAUGAGGGAGCCAAAGUCGACGUGAAGAACAAGAAAGGCGUUACACCUCUGCAACUGGCAGAGAAGAACGGACAGACUGAGGUCGUCGAUAUGCUCCGGGCUUAUCUGGCGACAAAGGAAGAGGAGGGACGAGAACCAAGUCAGGUGUUACCAUAGUGAUUUGACAUUAAAUUCUGAGUGAGAGGCCUUCUGCAAAUUUGAGGAUUGUCAGAUUAGCUCGUAGUUCACGUUAAGCAAUUACAUGAUCCCACAGAUCUUCAGC